AACCCGAUUGACUUCGAAAAAGCUCAAUGUGAGCAAAUAGUAAACAAUCCAAACAGUUUUUGUGUAAAUUUCUCUGAAAAUACAGGAUAACAAAUAUCUUUAUUAACUGGAAUCAUGUCUUCUGACGAUCAAUGUCAACUGUGCUGGAAAGCAAAGGCAAAGUACUCUUGUCCAAAAUGCAAUAUUUUCUAUUGCUCCGUGCCUUGCUAUCAAAGCCAGGCGCAUCUCCAAUGCUCGGAGAACUUCUACAAGGAGUGUAUAGAGGAGGAAAUGGCAACGGCAGGGAAUAGCAAGAGAAUGAGUGAAUCCAGUAGGAAAAUGUAUGAGAUUCUGCAGAGAACACAGGAUUUAGAGGAUUUUGAAGAGUUCGGAGGCAGUGGGGAAAGCGACUUAGACUCUGAUGAUGAUUGUGCAGAGUUGGACCUCGCUUCGAGACUCGAUGGAGUGGAUCUCAAUGAUCCGGAAGCUGUUUGGAGCAAGCUAACUUCCAGUGAGCAAAUAGAGUUUGAGACAAUCGUUCAUGGAGGAGAUAUUACGAAUCUUGUGCCAGUUUACACUCCCUGGUGGACGGAGAGUCAGGAAGAGAAGAAGCUUGUCCAGGAAACUUCUUCCAGCAGCCCAGAAAUCUAUCAUCCUGAGAUUCUGAGCAAAAUUAAGAGCUUGAAGGAGAUUUCUGUUAAGCCGCCGGCUUCUUGUGUCCGCCAUAAUCUUACCAACAUCCUGGCGGCUUAUGCCUUCUCAGUAAGACACUUCAAUGGUGAUUUCCAGAGUAUUCCCAACGAAUUCUGCAGUUUCCUUUUUACAAUUUGUGGGAAUAUGAAGAGCAACUCGAAUUAUGACUCUGACGCUCUUGCUGUGGAAUCUGUGGCUCACGAAGCGAGAAAUCAUGGAGUUCCUGUGGACCAAGAAGAUGUCCGGAUGAUGAAGGAAGACAUCGAGAUGAUAAAAAAGAGAAAACCCUUUACUUUGGCUGCUCUUUCUGAUCUUCACACUGCUUUGUCUAAAGCCAAAAUGUAUAAACCGAAGGAAAAACUUUCACAAGGCGUUUUUCGCAAGAGAUUCAUCGAUCCUGAAGGCAGAGAAUUCAAGGAACUCGAGAAAAGCCGGAUUGGAGUGCACAUGAAGAAGAUUGAGUUCUUUUUGGCCUUUGUUGAGGAUACUUUCUCCCUUCCUAAUAAAGUUGUAUGAUUUCUGUU